CAGCGCUUGUUCCUAAUAAACUACAGCCCCCAGAAUCCCUAGCGAGUUCACCAGAAACGUCAACGAGCCAGUGAACAGAAGCGGAUUAGACCAAAAUCCCAAACAAGGAAAUGAUGGGGAUGAAAACGCUUAUAUUAUCAAAUUAAUGCAUUUAUUAAUUAAUUCAUAUUUUUAAAAAUGUUUUUAAUUGUAAAUUAAGACAUAUUUAUGGGUUAAAAAAAUGGACCACGACUUCAAAACGAAGCUUGCGGCCGAGCGGGAGAGAGUGGAGGAUCUGUUUGAAUAUGAAGGUUGUAAAGUGGGUCGAGGUACCUACGGGCAUGUUUAUAAAGCCAAGCGCAAGGACGGGAACGAUGAAAAGGAAUAUGCACUGAAACAAAUUGAAGGUACUGGAAUAUCCAUGUCUGCUUGCAGAGAGAUUGCGCUCUUGAGAGAAUUGAAGCACCCCAACGUGAUUUCACUACAGAAAGUGUUCCUUUCUCACAGCGACAGGAAGGUCUGGCUCCUGUUUGAUUAUGCAGAACACGAUUUAUGGCAUAUUAUAAAAUUUCACCGUUCCUCGAAAGCCAAUAAAAAACCAAUGCAGUUGCCAAGAGGGAUGGUCAAGUCACUGCUUUAUCAGAUUCUGGACGGGAUUCAUUACCUACAUGCAAACUGGGUGCUUCACAGAGACCUUAAACCAGCCAACAUCCUGGUAAUGGGAGAAGGCCUUGAAAGAGGAAGAGUCAAAAUAGCUGACAUGGGGUUUGCGAGACUGUUUAAUUCACCACUUAAGCCCUUGGCGGAUCUGGACCCUGUGGUAGUAACGUUUUGGUAUCGUGCACCAGAAUUGUUGCUAGGAGCCCGGCAUUAUACUAAAGCCAUUGAUAUAUGGGCGAUUGGUUGUAUCUUUGCUGAGCUUCUCACGUCAGAACCAAUCUUUCACUGUCGCCAAGAGGACAUCAAAACAAGCAACCCCUUUCACCACGACCAGCUGGACAGGAUCUUCAGUGUCAUGGGGUUCCCGGCAGAUAAAGACUGGGAAGAUAUCAGAAAAAUGCCAGAAUACCCAACGCUUCAGAAAGACUUCAGGAGAACAACGUAUGCAAACAGCAGCCUCAUUAAAUAUAUGGAGAAGCAUAAAGUAAAACCUGACAGCAAGGUUUUUCUUCUGCUCCAAAAACUGCUCACUAUGGAUCCCACGAAAAGGAUCACCUCGGAGCAGGCACUGCAGGAUCCAUACUUCCAAGAGGACCCUUUACCUGCUUCUGAUGUGUUUGCUGGCUGUCAAAUCCCAUACCCUAAAAGAGAAUUUUUAAAUGAAGAUGAACCAGAAGAAAAGGUUGACAAGAACCAGCAGCAGCAGACGGCCCCAGUGCAGGCUCAGCAGCAGAGCAGCACACAGACAAACGGGACAGCAGGAGCCGGGGGCGGUACAGCGGGGACAGAGCUGCAGCACAGCCAGGAUCAGGUGCCUCCCAACAAGAAACCUCGCCUCGGGCCCUCCGGAACCAGCACAGGCACGGGCGUCAUGCAGUCUGAAUACCAGCACUCAAGUUCCCGUCUGGGUUACCAAAGCAAUGUCCAGGGGUCAUCACAGUCCCAGAGUACUAUGGGAUACUCAUCUUCAUCUCAGCAGAGCUCUCAGUAUUCACACCAGUCUCAUCGGUACUAACGAGCAGAGUGUGUGAGUGUGUGUGAGAGAGAGCGUGCCUGUGUGUGUGUGUGUGUGUGUGUGUGUGUGUGUGUGUGUGUGUGUGUGAAUGUAUGUAAGAGUGUGUGAGCUGCAAAUCCCCAUGGACUCCAGUCACCAGGCUCCAGCAAUAUGAAGUGAAAUGAAACUGCAAAGAGGAACCAAAAAGACUGUGACCCGUGGGGCUCCCGAGUGGCGCAUCCAGUAAAAGCACUCGCUAGAGUGCAGGAUGCGCUCUAUAGUCUGGACGUCGCCGGUUCGAGUCCAGGCUAUUCCACAGCCGACCGUGGACGGGAGCUCCCAGGGGGCGGGGCUCAAUUGGCUGAGCGUCGUCCGGGGGGAGGGAGGGUUAGGUCGGCCAGGGUGUCCUCGGCUCAUCGCACACCAGCGACCCCUGUAGUCUGGCCGGGCGCCUGCGGGCUUGCCUGUAAGCUGCCCGAGAGCUGCGUUGUCCUCCGACGCUGUAGCUCUGAGGCGGCUGCACGGUGAGUCUGCAGAGUGUAAAGAAGCGGGCGGCUGACGGCACACGCUUCGGAGGACAGUGUGUGUUCAUCUUCGCCCCUCCCGAGUCAGCGCAGGGGUGGUAGCGGUGAGCUGAGCCUAAAAAUAAUUGGGCAUUUCAAAUUGGGGAGAAAAUAAUAAAAAAAAAACUAAUUGGCAACGACUAAAUUAAAAAAAAAAGACUGUGACCCAGACAACUUUCCUUUACCCAAAAUUGAAAGAAAACUACUUUUCAACAAGAUGAAGAAAAAAAAAAAAAGUGUCUGGCAUUGUUUGCAUUAGGUUCAUGCAGGUCUGUCUAACCCGGUUCUUUAUGCACAGAAGACCAGUGUGAACCAUAGCACUUAGAAUAGAAGAAUUGCAGCUCUGUGUAUAUCUAUACAGCACCUUUUCUAUGUGGUAACGAGACCCUGUUUUUUUGUUCAUAGAGUUUUAAGUUUACUACAAGCUUAUUGUUUUAUAAAUGAUUUUGUAUACUAGACUUAUGGGAUGAGAAACACAGGAGAACGCCAUUAUGUUCAAGGAAACCUUUUCAUGCACUGUACAGUUUUACUCUUGGAUGUCUUUACCUGAAAACACAACUCUUCGUCUGCAAUCUACUUUUUUAAAAACGACUUCUUACAAACGGCAGCUGAUGACCUUGCAGGGAAUACUAUUUGUGCAAAGAUAUGCUGAGAUUCCACUCCUCUUUCAGUAGCUUUUCUGGAGAGAAGCACAGCAACCGACUGCCAUUCAGCAAGUACGCUGGGCAAUAAAACAGAUGAAGCUGCUGUGCCACACCAGGCCAAAUACUCCCUGCAUUACUGGAAAGCCAGACGUUUAGCCUUCUUCAAAAACUGCCACAUCAAUGGUAUCGGACUAUAUUGUCAUUGGGGUCAUUUCCAGUGUGAAGCAUCAUUUCAUUCCACUCCACUCAACUGAGGUUCAUCAUUUCUGAAAAAUCAUAUUUAGCCUAUAUCACUGUACAAAAUGGGUCUUUUUUGCUUUCUGAGCAUUGCUUUUUUUAAAUGCAAAGUUACUAAUGCAACAGACAGAGCAUUAUCAUUAAUACAUUCAUACUAGUUUUUAACUUGCCCUUACAAGUUUUCACUGUGCCAUUACAGCAUACUGUAAAGAACAGUAUAGUGAAACCUUGAUUAAGACCUUGUACAGUACAGUCAUUCAGGUCUUACCUGGGUUUUACUCCUGGAAAGAGAUGUCCUUUUAAACUUUGACCUGGUCAUUGUUUUGACUUUUAGAACCACAAUGGGCAUAUUAAAUCAGUGUUUUUAAUUUUUUUUUUUUAUAGGCACUUAUUUUUAAAGCUUCCCCUUUGUGUGCUUUCUAUCCUGUUUCAUGACGUCAAAAAAUUUUUUAAUUUUGGAGCAAACCUCAUCUUCGAAUGGGAGAACAGGAAUAGCGAAACUUAUGCCACAGUGACCUCUUACGACUGGACAGGGACACUGAUUGUUAACAUGGGGAACCUUUUUAGAAGCACUGAGAGUGCUGCCUCACAUCAGCCGGCACCAACACGCCUGCGUGAAAAACACGUCAUUAAAGUGACUCAUAGUAUAUGUGAAUAAAACCAGUGCUUGUAAUGGGUCUGUACCAAUGUAAGUGAUGCCCACACAUUUUGAUUCCUGAAAUUUGGGAAUUGGCUCUUGAUAUUGCUGUUAUGUUACCCUGAACAUUGUCGUGCAUGCGUGCAUUAUUAUUAUUAUUAUUUAUUUCUUAGCAGACGCCCUUAUCCAGGGCGACUUACAAUUGUUACAAGAUAUCACGUUAUUUUUACAUACAAUUACCCAUUUAUACAGUUGGGUUUUUACUGGAGCAAUCUAGGUAAAGUACCUUGCUCAAGGGUACAGCAGCAGUGUCCCCCACUGGGGAUUGAACCCACGACCCUCCGGUCAAGAGUCCAGAGCCCUAACCACUACUCCACACUGCCGCAUUGAUUGAUUGUGUUCAGUACUGACACUUCUAUGAUCCCAUUACAAGCAGUAAAUAUAUAUAUUUACUUAAUGAAAUCCUAACAAAAAAAUAUAUAUAUAUAUUUUGGAUCUCUUAUCACUGGUCCCAUUGAUAUUGUUCUGAUUACCUGCAAUUUGUUUGUUUGUUUACUUUGGUUAUGUACAUGCAGAAUUUUCAAAUGUAACACUAUAGUUUUAUAGUUUUAUAAAGUUUUAUAAAAUUUCAUUAUAAAGACUCGGUUAUGUUGUGUUGACUGACAAAGGCCACCCCUGCCUGUUAGUGGUUAUGUCACUCGUUUGUUACUUGCUGAAAACUCUUCCAGAGCAAUGGACACUUUCUAUCAGUAUUUAACGCAAGACAGACAGACAGACAGACUUACUGUGUACCAGUCCAUAUGUGAUGGCGUGAUUCAGUCUGGUAUUUCUGUGUAUGCAGGCAACCAGGGCAACAGAGUGUAGGAAAAUGCACUGCUCUUAUCCCAUACUUUUUUAAAGUUUGAUUUAAGAUAUUUUAUUAUAUAAAUAUAAGGAAUAUCUUGUCUACUUUGUUGAGAGAAUGUGUUUAUUAUUUUAUGUAUUGUGUGUCUAUAUAUACACUUUUUUUUUUUUUUUUGUGGUCUAAAUAAAAAGAUGUGGGCGCAAGCAUGCCAAGAUGAAGUCCUAUCGUUUUGUAUACAGGCACUGAGGAUAAUGUUAGUGGUACAGCACCAUGUAGAAAGUUGCUUGCAGGAUCAUACAGUACUUAAGCACUCAUGACAUGCACUGUGAGUCGGGUAUUUAAACAACCUAAAAAGGAAAACCGCAAUUAAAUAUAAUGUAGUGCUGAAUAGCAAACAAGCUUCUGAAUUUUAAAAAAAAAUUAAAUAAAUAAAACACACACACAUAUUUGACCUUACCAGGAAUUUGUAUUGUCCAGUCAUUUCUUUGACAAGUGCAUUUCCAAUGGCACGCUAAUAGAACAUUCUAAAUCCUAUGCAAAACCUCUUCUCGAAACACAACUGCAAUAUAAUCACGCUUUACAUUUUUAAAACUCCUUUUUUUACGCUGGUAAAAUGACGCUGCUUUAUGUUUAGGCAGAAUAAAUCCUGGGGCUGCAUUCAAUCCAGUGUUCAAAAACUGAAGCCCAGGCCCUCUUCCAAACCUGUUUCUGAUAGUUAAGAAAGUAUUACAGGGGCCCCUGCAGAUGAAUCGCACUAAUAUGACUUUCCCAUUCAUUUCUCCUUGUUGGGAAAUUGGUUGAAGCAGGAAUCUGGUGAAGGUGUGACUGUCCUGGGUAAAGGAGUGUCCCCAGUUGAUGUAUAACAUACAGGGGUGUAGCAUGAUUGACACAUAUUUAAACAUUGGCUGGUAAUGUAAGAACAAGCAGCUCUUUACCUGUAACAAAAACACUGUCGAUUUGUUUUCUGCUUUUGCAGUCAUCAGCUGGCUUCAUUGCUGAUCGUGGAACAUCAGUUUUAAUAUGAAUUUUAUUUUGUACAUUUUUUUUUUUUUUUUACUUGAAUAAUUGAAUUUCAGCAGGGGAGGAUCCCUCAUGGCACCUGCCUGGCUGUAGCCAGUGCCAUUGUCCCGAGCCUUUCUUGAGCUUACAGUCACAAAACCAUCUUACAAACACACCGUGUUUUCUUAGUGCAAACAAAUGCAAGGAACGGAGAUUACAAAAAACUGAUGGCUAAAAAUGUUAGAAGUUAAAGGUAAAGCUCUGAAGUAUUAUUUUGUAUUUGAAUGACUAUUUUCAUAUCAUAUUAGACUGGCACAAUCUAUUUCAAGCUGGGAACAGUGUCUUUUCAAGUCUGGUUGCUCACAUCUAGAGGUGUUACUUUGCAAUUCAGGACACCACUCAAAACUAGUUUUGCAUUUAAAAAAAAAAAAAGUGUGUUUAUGCCUUUUCAGUUCUGCUCAGCUUGUGACACAGUUGUGUUUUAUUUCAGACCCUUGUACUGUAUAAUAAAGAAUGAUGAAACAUGUGUGAUGUUACUCUGACCAGGAGUUACCUCACAUACUACAACAUUGUCCUGUUAUUUGAAGUGCUGUACUCCGCAUUGUCCACCUCAUCACAAAAUAGAGAAAAUGUAUUACCAUGGUAAUGUCCAUAAUGCACUGUUAUCGCCUAAAUAUUUAGUAAUAAAUUAAUUCUAUUUAAUGUUUUUCCUUCCUUUUUUAUAUAAUUAUAUGUCUUGUUUAGAUGCUAAAAAGUAUUACCGUUUGAAGAAAUACUGUAGGAGCAGUAAAUGUCUUUUUUUUUU